GUGGAUGGCGUGGCAGGUGAGCAUGCUGGAGCUGGAGGACCGCCUCCAGUGCCCCAUCUGCCUGGAGCUCUUCAAGGAGCCACUCAUGCUGCAGUGUGGCCACUCCUACUGCAAAGGCUGCUUGCUGUCUCUGUCCUGCCACCUGGACGCUGAGCUGCGUUGCCCUGUGUGCCGGCAAGCGGUGGACAGCAGCAGCUCCCCGCCCAACGUGUCCCUCGCCCGAGUGAUCGAAGCCCUGCAGCUUCCCAGCAACACGGAGACCCAGGUGUGCACGCACCACCGCAACCCACUCAGCCUUUUCUGCGAGAAGGACCAGGAGCUCAUCUGCGGCCUCUGUGGCCUGCUGGGCGCCCACCAGCAGCACCGCGUCACGCCUGUCUCCACUGUCCACAGCCGCAUGAAGGAGGAGCUAGCAAGCCUCAUCUCCGACCUAAAGCAGGAGCAGAAGAAAGUGGAUGAGCACAUCGCCAAACUGGUCAACAACAAGACCCGAAUUGUCAAUGAGUCGGACGUGUUCAGCUGGGUGAUCCGCCGUGAGUUCCAGGAGCUGCACCACCUGGUGGACGAGGAGAAAGCCCGCUGUCUAGAGGGGCUGGAGGGCCACACCCGUGGCCUCGUGGCCUCCCUGGACGUGCAGCUGGAGCAGGCCCAAGGGACGCGGGAGCGGAUGGUCCAGGCUGAGCGUGUGCUGGAGCAGUUCAGUAAUGAGAGCCACCAUGAAUUCAUCCGGAAAUACCACUCUCUGGCCUCCAGAGCGGAGCUCCAGCAGGCCCGGCCCUUCGAAGGCGCGUUCAGCCCCAUCUCCUUCAAGCCAGGCCUCCACCAGGCCGACAUCAAGCUGACUGUGUGGAAAAGGCUCUUCCGGAAAGUUCUCCCAGCCCCUGAGUCUCUCAAGCUGGACCCUGCCACGGCCCACCCCCUCCUCGAGCUCUCCAAAGGCAACACCGUGGUGCAGUGUGGGCUCCUGGCCCAGCGGCGGGCCAGCCAGCCCGAGGGCUUCGACUACAGCACCUGUGUCCUGGCCAGCCGGGGCUUCUCCUGCGGCCGCCACUACUGGGAGGUGGUCGUGGGCAGAAAGACCGACUGGCGCCUGGGAGUCAUCAAGGGCACGACGAGCCGCAAGGGCAAGCUGAGCAAGUCCCCCGAGCAUGGCGUGUGGCUCAUCGGCCUGAAGGAGGGGCGCGUGUACGAGGCCUUCGGCUGCCCCCGGGUGUCGCUGCCCGUGGCCGGCCACCCUCACCGCAUCGGGGUCUACCUGCACUACGAGCAAGGCGAGCUCACAUUCUUCGACGCCGACCGCCCCGACGACCUGCGGCUGCUCUACACGUUCCAGGCUGACUUCCAGGGCAAGCUCUACCCCAUCCUGGACACCUGCUGGCACGAACGGGGUGGCAACUCCCUGCCCAUGGUCCUGCCCUCGUCCAGUGGGCCUGGCCACCUGCCCCUCCUACAGCCCACCAAACUGUAGGGCUGCCUGUCCU